UUGCCGGUCUCCAUUUCUCACUUACUCUCCGGCGAACCUUAACCAUGGCCGGCGCGUCAGCUGUAACUGUCACCGGUUCACUAAUUACAAGUCGACCGACCACUUCUACAGGAAUUUUUCAUAAACGGAUUUUCUCAACUGGUCUAUCUAUACUCACCAGUAAUGUCUCUGGAUCCAUUCAUGCUCAGUCUCUCCGGGCCGUCGCUCGCGGCGGUGCUCGGUUGGCUCCGAUUAGCUGCAGGGCUAGCCGUUCCGCCUACUCGCCCCUCAAUUCCAGGCCUAACUCCGGCGACCGCCCUCCCGCCGAUAUAGGUCCUCUUUUUCCCGGCUGCGACUACGAGCACUGGCUUAUAGUGAUGGAUAAGCCUGGAGGAGAAAACGCUACCAAACAGCAAAUGAUUGAUUGUUACAUUCAAACCCUAGCUAAAGUUGUUGGAUGUGAAGAAGAGGCUAAGAAGAAGAUAUACAAUGUCUCCUGUGAGAGGUACUUUGGAUUUGGAUGUGAAAUUGAUGAAGAGACAUCCACUAAACUGGAAGGGUUGCCUGGAGUUCUCUUUGUUCUUCCAGAUUCUUAUGUUGACCCUGAGAACAAGGACUAUGGAGCUGAGCUGUUUGUUAACGGAGAAAUCAUGCAAAGGUCACCUGAAAAACAGAAGAGGGUGGAGCCAGUACCACAGAGAGCACAAGAUAGACCUAGGUAUAAUGACCGGACACGUUAUGUAAGGCGCCGUGAGAAUACAAGGUGAAAGUUAGAGAAUGCAUGAAAGAAGAGAAUUCUUUGACAUAUUUAAGCGGGGGGAAAUGUCUGUUACUGAUUAAGAAGAGAAUUCUUUGACAUAUGUCAGCCUGCCUGUUGUAUUGAUGUCUUUAUAGUUGUAUGGCUGAGCUUAUCGCCUUAUCUUUAAGACUGUGAAGUUACAACUGUUGCA